AUGUGCCUGUGGUGUGACGAUAGAAGCAAGCAGUUCAGCUCGGUAGAGGCUGUGAGGGCGCAUAUGGAGGCGAAGAGUCAUGCCAAGCUGCGGUAUGGAGAUGGGUCUGGCGUGGCGGAGGAAGAGCUUGAAGAUUUUUACGACUUCAGCACGAGUUACGAGGAGAGCACAAGCCGUGAGCUCAUUGUGGCCGACAACUCUCGUCCUCAUGUGGCCCUCACCAGCGGGGGAAUGGAGCUCAUCAUUUUCAACGCAGCAGCAGGCAAGGGGAGCAGAGGCGCGGAUAAGGGUGCAUGUGGUACGAAGCGCGUGAUUGGCUCGCGGGAUCUUGCGAGAUAUUAUCGCCAAAAACCGAAACCGACGGGAGACAGCAACACUCGCCUCGUGGCAUCAGUGCUCGCAAAGUAUCGAGCCAUGGGGCUGGCAACGCGGCAGCUGGGGUGGCGAACAGCAGAGCAGCAGCAGCAGCUGAAGCAGAGGGAUGCAACGGCGAAGGGGCGGGAGAGGUUCGAGCGCUUGCGCACGAGUGUGGGCAUGAGCAACAACGUUAACUGGAACCUUCCCAAGAACGUCCCAUAUUAG